UCGUAACAGUCACCAGGCAAUUUUCUCGGUUCAGCAGCAGUAGAUGCCAGCCUGUGCUUUCUGUCCUUCUCAUUUUCUUUUUGUUCUUGACUUUAUUUUUACAGAGGAACUAUCAUGCAAGAAAGAAGAUGACUGUCGGCUCCUCACGACCUCCCAAUACUUAUGUUUUGGCCACUGGACCAUCACAGGGGACAGCAUCAUCACCGGCACAAUCACUUACCAUUACGAGGGAAUCACUACUGAGAUGGCGAUUGCCACGUUGUCACAUCCUGAGAUUGACAUAACUCAGGCCGGAUGCUGGACUCGGUUCUUACUCUGGAUUGGCUGGGUCACUUUUCAACACUCAGACGGUCAACAGUAAGUACUAAAUAUGGCUGAUUUGGUAUAUCUCAGACAUUCCUAUGUGGCAUGCUUCGUGGUACAUUGACUGCAACUCGGUAUAUAGCUGGUAGUCAGUUAUCGUGUUGACGGUUGCGUGCUGCUGCCGGUGCAGUGAAUGUGAAUCAAAUGUG